UUUCCAGAAAAAUUUAAAUAAUAAAUAAAUAAAAAUAAAAUUAUAUAUUUAUAUAUACAUGGCCAAGGUUCCUUCUUCCUAGUGUUCUUCUUCAGAGGCUGAUCAUAGAGAUAAGCUCAAGCUCCAAUUUCAUGGCUCUGGAGGCUUGGCUGAUGGAUGAGAGCGAUGAGGACCAGAGGCUUCCUCACCAUCGGAAUCCCAAAGAGUUUGUACCCUUGAGUAAACUUGAAGAGAUUGGGCUGCUGUACUGGCAUUUGAAUCCUCAAAAUUAUGAAAAUGAUGAACAACUCAAGAAAAUUCGAGAAGAAAGAGGAUAUAAUUACAUGGUUUGCUCUCUCAAAGAUCUUCUUGAUUUGUGUCCUGGAAAAGUUCAGAACUAUGAGGAAAAGCUGAAGAACUUCUUUACAGAGCACAUCCAUGGCGAUGAAGAGAUUUGCUAUUGCUUGGAAGGCAGCGGAUAUUUUGAUGUCAGAGACAAAGAUGAUCAGUGGAUAAGGAUUUGUAUCAAGGAGGGUGAUAUGAUUGUACUGCCAGCCGGUAUCUACCAUAGGUUCACCCUAGACACUUCAAACUACGUCAAGUUGAUGAGGCUGUUCAUCGGAGAACCAGUUUGGACAGCUUAUAACCGCCCUCAAGAAGACCAUCCUGCGCGGCAAAGUUACAUCAAGAACUUGUUUGAGAACUCUGGGGUUGCUCUUGAAGCUCAUUAAUGUUCAUUUUGCGCAUUCAGCACUCCAAGUUCUAUUAUUAUUAUUAUUAUUCCUGUAUCUUAUUAACAAUCGCCGGAGCAUCAAUGUAUAGGAUGCCGGGUGCCAUUGUUGGAGAAUGUUUGUGAUCAAUCAUCAUAUACUCUAUUUGUAUACAAUACAAGGCUUUAUGUUGUAUUGUUAAACACUGUAUGGGCAUUAUGCUGUAAAUUGCCAUAAAUAAAUGCUCUAGAAUGCGUAUAUAUUUGGUCAA